GGCGGCAGCAGCAUCAACGCAUCAGCGCGUCUCCGAACUGCCUUGUCUCGGGCAAUUCUUCAGCCCCGUUACCGAUUGAGAUUUAACAGCGGCUUUGGAUCUUAGCGAGUCUUCUCCAUCCUCGUCGACAGCUCGGCGUUAACCCCCAGUUCGUUUGACUACCGGUUCCGUUUAUAUCUACCCAGUUUCUUGAAUUUUUAAUGGAAAAUGGCGAUGUUUGCUCAGUCCUCCAGUCUGCUCUGCCUCCUCUCCGUUCAAACUGUGCUGCUCCUCAGCCUCUCCUCACGGGGAACGGCGACGCUCCUCUUUCCUCAGCACUACACGAUGAUGCACUGGGCAGGUCGCAUAGAGAAGGAACUGGAGAAGGUGCUGCAGCUCGUCACUGGAGUCCAGCAAAUGAAAGGAAUUUAUAAUGAGAAGAGAAAUCAGUUUGCUGUGGAGCGAAGUACGCCCAAACAGCUGGUGGAGAAGGUGGCAGGAGACAUCGCCAAACUGCUCAACAGGAAACGCAAAGCACUGGAGAGGUUGGCUAGAGAGGCUGAAGACAUGCAACGAGAGCAUUCAUGGCAAGACGGAAUCAAAGAAAAUGACAUCCAGUACUAUGACUCCAAAGCCAACUCGGAUGUUCCGGAUGAUGUUGAUGGAGAAAACCUCUUGGGAAAUCCAAACUCUCUUUCUUUGGAGUUUGUGGAUGAUCCCAACUUCAAGAAUAAAGUCAACUACUCAUAUACAGCCGUACAGAUUCCUACUGACAUCUACAAAGGCUCUCCCACGAUCCUCAACGAGCUGAACUGGACUCAGUCUCUGGAAAGGGUCUUCAUUGAAAACAGUCGUGAGGAUCCUUCGCUGCGCUGGCAGGUGUUCGGCAGCGCCACCGGAGUCACCAGAUACUACCCAGCCACAAAGUGGAGAGCACCCAACAAGAUUGACCUGUAUGAUGUGAGGAGACGCCCGUGGUACAUUCAGGGAGCUUCUUCUCCAAAGGAUAUGGUCAUCAUCGUAGACGUGAGCGGUAGUGUCAGCGGACUGACCCUGAAGCUGAUGAAAACCUCUGUCAUCGAGAUGCUGGACACACUUUCUGAUGACGACUAUGUAAAUGUGGCUCGGUUCAAUGAGAAAGUGUACGCUGUGGUGCCAUGCUUCACAACGCUGGUCCAAGCCAACAUAAAAAACAAGAAGAUCUUUAAAGAGGCUGUGAUGAACAUGCAAGCGAAGGGGACGACAGACUAUAAGACGGGCUUUCAGUUUGCCUUUGACCAGCUGUUAAACGAGACCAGCGCUCCGAGAGCAAACUGCAAUAAGAUGAUAAUGAUGUUCACAGACGGCGGCGAGGAUCGCGCUCAGGACAUCUUUGAGAAGUACAACUGGCCAAACAAAACAGUGAGAGUUUUCACAUUCUCGGUGGGGCAGCACAACUAUGACGUCACUCCUCUGCAGUGGAUCGCCUGUGCCAACAAGGGUUACUACUUUGAGAUCCCUUCCAUUGGAGCCAUAAGAAUCAACACACAGGAGUAUUUGGAUGUUCUUGGACGGCCAAUGGUGCUGGCAGGCGAACGGGCUAAACAAGUGCAGUGGACCAAUGUUUACCAGGAUGCUCUGGGUUUGGGGCUCGUCAUUACCGGCACAAUGCCAGUCUUCAAUCUCACCACUGACGGGGACUCCAAAAAUCAGUUGAUUCUUGGUGUCAUGGGUGUAGACAUCGCCCUCAAUGAAAUUAAAGAACUCACACCGCGGUAUAAGCUUGGAGCCAAUGGUUACACGUUUGCCAUAGAUCCCAAUGGCUAUGUGCUGCUGCACCCCAACCUACAGCCUAAGAUCAUUAACUUCAGAGAGCCGGUCACAUUGGACUUCUUGGAUGCUGAACUUCCAGACCGCAACAAGGAGGAGAUCCGCCGUCAAAUGAUUGAUGGCAAAGCAGGACAGAGGAGAAUCAAGACACUGGUGAAGUCUGUGGAUGAGCAUUACAUUGACGAGGUCCAGAGGACGUACAUAUGGAGUCCAGUAGAGGGCACAGAUUACAGUCUUGGUUUAGUUCUGCCGUCCUACAGUGAAAACCACAUCAAGGCCAACCUGAGUGACCAGAUCCUCCAGGUCCAGUAUUUUGAGUCUCUCCUGCCAAACACUUUUGAGUCAGAGGGACAUGUGUUCAUUGCCCCCAGGGAAUACUGCAAAGACCUGGAGCUGUCCAACAACAACACAGAGUUCCUGCUCAACUUCAUCGCUCUGAUGGAGAAGGUCACGCCGGACUCCAAACAAUGCGACAAUUUCUUGCUGCAUAAUCUGAUCUUGGACACGGGCAUCAUUAAAGAGCUGGUAGAUAAAGUCUGGCAGAACAAGGACCUCAACACGUAUGGCUUUAUAACAGUCUUUGCAGCCACAGAUGGAGGCGUCACUCGAGUUUUCCCUAAUAGGGCCUCUGAGACCUGGGAGGAAAAUCCAGAGCCGUUUAAUGCUAGUUAUUACCGUCGCAGUCUGGACAACAAGGGCUACAUCUUCAGAGCCCCCUACCGCACCGCCAAUGAUGACAUACUGAAUCCAGAGAACGACACCAUUGGUAUUCUGGUUAGCACUGCAGUGGACAUUACCAUAGGAAUCAGAAACCUCAAACCUGCAGUUGUGGGUGUGAAGCUUGACCUUGAGGCUUGGACUGACAAAUUCAAGAUCCUGGCGAGCAACCACACCAACAGCAACCGACAGAGCUCUCAAACGUGUGGACCAACCAGUGGCUGUGAAAUGGACUGUGAAGCCAACAGUGAUGACUUGCUUUGUUAUCUGAUAGAUGACGGCGGCUUCCUCGUCAUGUCCAAUCAGAAAGACUACUUGAAUAAGAUUGGGAUGUUCUUCGGCGAGGUCGAUGCCACCCUGUUUUACGCCCUCUAUAACAACUCCUUCUACAAACGCAAGCAGUCUUACGACUAUCAGUCGUUGUGUGACCCGGUGCCCAGCAGCAACACAGGGGCCGCCCCGCGAGGAGUGUUUGUGCCUACUAUUGCUGAUGUGUUAAAUGUUGCCUGGUGGACGUCAGCCGCUGCCUGGUCACUGCUGCAGCAGAUGCUGUAUGGAUUUGCCUAUCAGAGUUGGUUCAUGACAGAUGAGGUGGAUGCUGAAGGAAUGGAGUCUAGAGAGACCAGCUGUGUGACGGUACAGACACAGUUUUACUUCAGUAACAUCAGCAGCUCCUACAACAUACUGCAGGACUGUGACAACUGCUCCAGGUUAAUUCAUGCUAGGAGAAUAAACAACACCAACCUGCUGUUUGUGGUGGCUGAAAAACUGUCCUGCGACUCCUGUGAAAUAGAGAAACUGUCUCAGGUGGAAACAGAAUACAAAGAAAUUAAUACAUGCGAGACAAUAACCACAGCCCGGUAUAGAAAAGGAACCACGAGCUGUUUCGACUACAGUGUUUUAGAGAACACAUCAGACUGUGGGCGGGGUCACUCGUUCCGCCCCUCCCUCCUCACUUUACUCCUCCUCCAGCUCCUCCUCCUGUGUGUUCUGGCCCACCUCUCUGUUUAACUCCAUCCUCCUGUCCUCCUCUCCCUCCUUCUCGUCUCCUUAAUUCCGCUUUUCUCCUUUAUCUCCCCGUUGCUCUAGUCAUAGGUAAUAUAAUGGGACUUCCUCCUGCCCUUAUACGGAAGCCCAGUCGUGCUGCUUCAUCCACUUAGCUUCACAGGUUGUUGCUUAGUGACCGUUGCAGAACUUUGUCGUCUCCUGCCAAUCAAGAGCAUUUGUGGAAGGAGCUAAAAGUGUCUUUGCGAAAACAGGAAGCUAGUGAUGUGGAAACCGACGGCCAUCUUGGACCAUUGAAGAAAUGGUUGAAAAUGACAUGGACUGUUCCCUCCUGCCUUUGCGGCUGUAAGGGGGUUGGGUUUUGUUUGACUCCGCCUCUAAAGAGAAAGGUCAUCCUCAUCAUCCUCAUCUUCAUCCUGUAACCCGUGUCGCGAGGCUACGGGACAUUCUAACGCCAUCUAGCUUCCGGUAAUAAGAAAAUAACCGAAUAAGAGCAGAACUUUAAGUGAUUCUCAAAAAAGUAUCAAUAACAACAUGUGAGUAUUAAAAACAUACCUCCAUAUAUUAGGGUAUUUAAUGAGAAAGGGAAGACGAUAGAUGUUAUUUAUUCAAUUAUCUUUUGUUUAUUUAUGCACUAUAUCUACUUCUUGCCAAAACGAGACUUGUUGUGUGGUCUAACUUUUCUAGCCAAAUUAGGAGGUAAGAAAACCACAGAAAAAGAAAGUAGUGAAAUUAAAGAGGUAUCGCACCAUUCCUUCAUCAGUCACAAGGGCUUCAUAUAUUUAUUAUUUCUAUUUAUAUCACAACCCUGAUCCGAUUAGGUUAGGCUUUUUAUUUGUGUUUAUUAUUUGUAUCACAAGGUAAACUAUAUUAAUGCCUCAGUAAUAUAAUAUUUACAGCUAAUAUGUAAUAACAUGUUCAUUUUUAAACGACUAGUUCACCCAAAAAUGACAAUUUUGUUUGAUUUAUUCACCCUCAUGCCGUUCCAAACCUGUUUGCUGUUAUUGUUUCACCAAUGAUAAAUUUUUAAGAGUCAGGAUAGUGACCGUGAUUUCCAGCUCCAAAAAAAAAAGUAUCAUAAAAGCAGUCAGCAUGAAGUUGUCUGAAGUCAAACGAUAGCUUAGUGUUAUAAUCAGACCGAAAGCUAUUGUGUGGCUUCAGAAGACUUGGAAUAUUGCACAUAAAUCAUAUGGACUACUUCUAUUUCUCUUUUUUUUUUGGAGCAUGACAGACAUGGUCACUGUGAACUGUUAUUGAAUGGAAAACAUUUAGGUGAACUGUUCCUUUAAAUAAGAUGAGAUGUGCUAAUGAAGAGAUUUUUGAUGGAUUGAAAUGCAGUUUGAGUGUUUUUUAGCGAUUAUAUCUGUUUGCAGUCUUUGUAAUUCUGUGCUGUACAGUUUUUCACAAUCUCAGAAUGUUAACCGCAUAUUGCAUCUGAUCACUUCACAACACAUGCUGUUUGUUUGCGCCAUCAUUUGCACUGAUGGAUUUGUCAGUGAAUAGUAAUAGCAACCAUGAUCCUAGUCAGUAUGGUCAUUCAUGUAGAAGAGAAAUGUUUUAUUUUUCAUAUGUACGUAAGGCCCAAAACAUACUCAAUGCAAACAUUUCUAGAUAUGUAGGCUGGAUUAAAUGUUAAAUAAUGUGCCGAUGCAAUUGAAGCAUUUGCGUCUGCUUGCAUACUUGUAUAGAGUAUGUGUUUCAGGCCUCAUUAUCUGUCAUGACAUUAUAUCUUAUGUUGAAAUGUUAAUAAUGCUAUGAAACUUAAGCAAAAAUCCUUGUUUUGGGCCCUGCAUCAACCUUAUUUUAGCUGUGCCUUGAUGCACUUUUAUAUUGGACAGCAUUGAUCAUAGAGCUCCACUAACAGUUUAGUGCAGUAAAAGUCUUUUAUGGGCCUUAAAACUCACAGGUUGUGUUUGACAUAGAAUACUAUCAUACUACAUAUAUUCUUCAUGCUAUUUAAAAAAAAAUUAAUGUUCACUAAUGAACAUUUUUAUUAUUUGUCCUGGUCACGAUUGCUUGGAUGACUAACUAUAUUUGUCAAAAUAAGCAUUACAAUAAAUGGAAUACAAUAUUUAGCAUGAUUAGCCGCGGCCUGUUAAGAAAACUGUUAUUUUGCCUUUUUACCAAAUUUUGUUUAAAAAUGUCUGGUCAAAUAAUCAAGUCAAGAGUCAAAUAGUCACAGUUGAUAUUGCUUCCGGUUAUUCAUCAGACUGGAAAUGGCAGGUCAAGUUGAGUGCAUUGCAUUGUGGGAUACUGUAUUCAGUAUUCCAUAUGAUGUAAUGCGCAUUUUGAUAAAUGUAGUUGCUCUUCAAGUAUUCUACACAUCUGGAAAACCUGCAUCCUGUGUACAAUGUGCAUACAGCAGAAAUAGUAUGGUUAGUAUGCUAGUAUGCUAUUCCGGACACAGCUCGUGCCUCCAAACAUCAUCACCUGACUGAUAUAAGGGAAUGCAAAUUUUUUUUUUUUUUUAAUUUAGAGUAUUUUUGAGCCGCAGUGUUUGCCAUAACCUUCAGCUUCAUCCCUGCAAUGUACACAAACUUGACAAGCACCUUUAUUUUGUCAGUAAACGGGGCUAAAUCUGAACCUCACUGACUGAUUCUCAGUUGCACGUUUGGCAUUUUAGUGGCCAUCACCUUCAAUGCUCCUUUAAAGUUCAGUGGCAAGAGGUUUAAGGACGGCCCAUCGGUUUUAGGAUUGUCUUUGUAAGAGCUUUUCAUGCAUUCAAUCCUACUGCUAAGCUGCUACCGAGUUUUAGUAAAGUAGGUGUUGGGGUUGAACUGACAACUCUACAUAACCUCAGUCCAUCUCUGGCUUCACAACGGAGGCAGUUUGGUUAUAGCGUUCCUCACACAAAUAUGGGAAUGGCUUUACUGUUGUAGUUUAUAUAAAGUGAGAGUUUAUUCAAGGUUUGCUGAUGGUUGAGGAAGUGAAUCUGUGUUUGCCGUUAUGUGACAUAACUGUGAAAAUAGAUGAUUUUACGAGAAGUAUUUUGAGAGUAUUGUCAGUUGUUGGUGUGGAAGGAAUGAUCUGAUCUGUGUCAAACGAAUGUUACAUAUCUGUCUCGAGGCAAAAUCUGUUAAAGCCUGUUUUAUUUGCCUGUGCAAUUUUAAAAGACAGCACUUAACAUGUUAAUCAUUCCCUCUCUCUGUCUGUUUUAAGUUAGUUCACCCGAAAUGUAUCAUUUAUUCACCCUCAUGUCAUUCCAAACCUGUAUGGCAUUCAUUCGUCUGUAUGAAAACGAAUGUUUGGAAAGGACAUCUCCAUUUGUUUUAUGAAUGAAAGAAACUCAUAUAUGCCAUAAGGGUGAGUAAAUGAGAAUUCAGUUUGGGUGAUCUAUUAUCUGUCAGGAUGUCAUGAAUUUUAAACACACCUUAUUUGAGAGGUGAAAAUGCAUGUGUGAUGCUAGAGGACAUGAUUCUUACGUCACUUAGUUUGUUUGUCAUCCACCUUCAGAACUAAUUGGUUAAAGAGAAAAUGAGGUAUAUAUGUUAAGCUUGAUUCAGUGGACUGUGCAUAUCACUAAUAUUUGAACUUGAAUGCAAUCCUCAUCCUGACACUGUCACAUGUGACUCCUGUUUAUAACUCACAUCCUGAUUGGAUUUAUGAAUCCAUCUACAGUAUGAAUAUAUAUUUUAGUCCUAGGAAUGGGAAAAACACAAUUUAUGAAAUACAAGUGCAAUGUCAUAUGUGGUACUGUAAACGGGGGGAAAAAAACGUUUUAAAAAGACUGUUUAAGCUUCAGUAUGAUGUGCUAAGUUUAAGGUAUAGUUCACCCAAAAAUAAAAAAUUCAUCAUUUACUCACCCUCAGGUUUUUCCAAACCCGAUUAUAGGCAAAAUAUAAGUGUGUUUCCAUACAAAACCAUAAUAAAAAUAUAGCAACCAGGGGCUUUCGAGCUCCUAAAAGGACAUAAUGCUCCAUAAAAAUAUUAUAGAGGCUGUCCAUAUGUCUUGUGCACUAUAUUACAAAUCACUGAGAAGAAUUUAGGUUAUUC